GUCGCGAAUUUCGAGAUGAAUCCGUCCGUCGAGCAUCGCGAUCUCUAGUCGUCGAGUGAAUUUUCGGUUUUCCUGCUUCGCGCAGUUUGCGCUAUUUUCGACGGCUUUCCAAGUGCGAACUUUUCGGCUCCCGGCGCAACUUCGACUGGACGCCCGGCCCUGACAUUGCGCCGCUCGAACGUCGGAAAAAUCGCUCAAAAACGCUCGAUUAUGGCCGCGUAACGGGCCAAUGUCAAAGCCUUUCAUUUUCUUUUCGACGAUUCGAACACUCGAAGCUGUGAGAAUACUGUGAUAACGUAUCGAGGGAAGCAUGGCAGAAUCCGGCAUCGACAUUGGAUAUGAUCUCUCUGCUCUGCUCUCGGAGGACUUUGAUAUCGAGAGUGCUAUAGAUUUCGAUGAUCUCUUAGGGACGCCGAAAAAUCAAGAGUUUUACGAACUGACAUCUAAAACUAUGCCCGUUUUAGAAAGCACGCCGAACUUGAAGACGAUCAACCCGGCGUCGCGCACCCAACUGAAACUGCAACUGAUGAGGGACCAAGCUAUCUACGAGCAACAGAAGAAGAACCAGGAGAAGACGCAGCGGCCGCCGCCUCACGCGCAGCAAAUACCGGCGCCGAAUCCGGCCCAAAAUCCUAUAAAAGUACCGCUGAACAGCCUGGCCGAGGUGCCGCCGCAGGUGCUGCAGGUGCAAACCAAGCUGGCGAACCCGACGCGGUACCACGUCAUGCAGAAGCAGAAGGACCAAGUGAAACAGUACCUGAGCGAGUCGUUUCAAGCGGCUGGUGCGGAGCACCGGUUGACUCAGACUCAGACUCAAAGUGCCCCGCCUAGCGGUACCGGAACCGGCCAGUACAACGGCGGUACCGCGAACGUUUCCGGUUCGCAGGGGUACUACUCGCAGGGGAAGGUCGCGCAGAGCUACGACGUGCCCGUGCUGUCGCCCACUCUGAGCUCGGGGGCCACCAGUUGUACAUCGGAGGCUGAAGAGUUAAUAGACGAUUUAUUAUCAUUAGAAUCCAGUUCUCUAGCUUCCGAUGGCUUUAAAACGGAUAAUUCCCUCACAGGAGGCGAUCUCAAUAUCAAAAACGAACCCUACAUACUUAGCGACGCCGAAUUACACGCCCUGGCCAAAGACCGUCAGAAAAAAGACAAUCACAACAUGAUUGAACGUAGAAGAAGAUUUAACAUAAACGAUCGAAUCAAAGAGCUGGGCACGUUGUUGCCGAAAAACAACGAUCCAUACUACGAAAUCGUCCGGGACGUCCGCCCCAACAAAGGGACGAUUUUGAAAUCGUCGGUCGAAUACAUUAAGUGUCUGAAAAACGAGGUUCAAAGGCUGAAACAGCAAGAGGCUAGACAGAAGCAAAUGGAGAGCAUAAAUAGGAAACUACAAUUGCGAGUACAGGAACUUGAAAGACAAGCGAAAUCUCACGGUCUUCCGGUAUCCGACUUCAACUGGCAGAACAUUUCAGUGACGACGCCUCAACCGUACAAUACAUACAGUAAUCAACAGAAUCCUCAGUCUGUUACUCUGUUACCUCCGAUCGUCCUGCCGGACCCGUGUCGAAAAAUGCCGGACGUCAUAUCGGAUUCCCUCAACUUGUCCGCCAUGGACGAGGGCAUGGACGACGACGAUCUCGUCUACGGGGUCAACGGGGACCCGAUGCUGUCUUCGCCUCAUUCCUUGCACACGGACACGCUGCUGGCAUCUCCUGGUCAUCCCGGUUCCGGAGAUCCUCUUCUCUGCGAACAACGCCUCCCGACGCCGACGCCCAGCAGCCAUAUCGACCAGGACGUUGAUUCGCUGGAUAUGGAUAUGAUAGCAUAGUAUACACUGAUAGACCAUAGACUCUGACAGAUGAAAACCUUUAUGUUGAUCUCUAGAUCAAGGAGUGUCCGAUUUGAACCAGUUUGUCUGUUGGUUGGAUUGAUUUUGCUGCACCGGUGCAAUGAACCUGAAGAAUAUCUAUUCUUCCCACAAUUUGUACGUUCUUGAGAUCAAUGUAAAAGAAUGUGGAUUGCGAAGUAUCCCCUAUGGUGUUCUGUUUUUCAUUUGUCGAUGGAAUUUUUAGUCUUACCUAUUUAGCGGUAGGUAUUUUUUUAGUUUAUCUGUUUAGAUACUUAGGUAUUAUCUGUCAACCAUAUCUUUGCAAUGGUGAUUUUUCAAUAUGUCUGGAUCUAAAUGUUUGUUGAAAAGCGCUAUCCUACAUCACCAAAUUUUCCAUUAUUUAUACAAAUAGGUGCUACAAGAAUAGCUAAACUCUGAGACCAAUUUUAUAAAUAUUUACUUGAUUACCGCGUAAAUAAGCUUAAAAACGCAAAUUGUCAGAGUUUUGUUGUUCGCUAUCAUUUUAACCGAUAGAAAAUUUUCAAUAAAUUAAUACUAAAUACGGUAUUAUAAAUAAGUGUGAUUUUUUUAUAUUUAUAUAUUAUUAACUUAAGAAAUGUUCUUUCAUAAUUUGUUACCUAUACUUCGAAAAAGACGACACAUACAUGCAACUAGCAACAGCGCUGAACUAAGCAACACAACGGCUCUGAAUUGAAAAUAGUUAUUUUUUUCGAAAUUUCGCUCUAGAAUAUUAACACGUCCACAAAAAAAAACGUCCAUUGUUAGGCCAGGAAAUUCUUAAACGUUGAGAGUUUUCGAUUCUGUCAUACCCUUUUUCGAAUUGUUUAAACUGUCGUGGUCAAAAAUUGAAAAAUUCAACCGCAUAUUCGGCUGCGUUACCAAGCACGUAUUUCCCAUAAGAAAUGCAAUUAGAUUGAUGUACGAUUUAGAAUGACAGUAAGAAUCAAUAUGUAGUGAUUAAUUAUAUUGUAGACUAACAUGAAUUUAAAAAAAAAUAGGCUCCUAAGCUGCUAUAUAUUUUUUAUGAUGUUACAUUGGAGGCGUUCUGGAAAAAAGCCCUGCGUGCCUUUUUAGCUCGGAUUUAGCUGCAAAUUGUUAUUACUGUUAGAUUACAAAAAAAGCCAAAUAUUGUAUUUAAUGAAAUUUUUAUGUGAUGUGAUUGGGUAUAGAUAUUAUGAUCGCUGUUAUUCUGUUUUAGACUUUUAAAUAUUGUUUGAGAUUAUAUUGUUAAUAAAUAAUUGAAAGUAGCAUUUA